GGUGGUCAUAAUGUUAUGCCUGAUGGGUGUUUAUGCUAUACAUCAUUGGAUUUAGCUAGUUUGACAGUUACCUCUUCCAACCAGAUGUGUUAAAAUAAGGAUAACUCAAGCACUCCAGGACUUCUAUUGUGCACUUAAAGGCCUAAACAUGUGCUCAUAAUGUAUUUAGUCAUUGUUACUGGUUUUAAUCUUGUUUAAUUUAUUGGACAUUGCUUGACCAGCACACCCACAGUCAAAGAAAUGUGAGAGUGGAAAAGUCAAGCUAAUCACACAUCUAUAUCAAAGUGACCAGUCAGGAAGCAUGUGAUCAGUUUGCAUGUCUCUCAUUGGUGAGCUGUCGGAACAACAAGAUUAACCGCUAUGCUGUGAGACGUAAUCGAAAAUAGAAAUGUUCCACUGACGUGGACCAAUCAGACCUCGACACAGACAUCCACCUCAAACACCCUCACCAUCAUCAGCCCCCCAGCACCAGUCUCUGAGAUGGAGAGAUCAAGAGCUGUUCUCAUCACCGUCAUGUGUGUUUUGAUCUCCAGCAUAUGUGGAAUAUUAGUGGAGAUGAGAAUCAAACCAGGAGACGAUGUCACCAUCUACUGCGACUGCACUCGGCAGGGUGGAUUUAAUAUAGUGUGGUUGAUCAAACCCUUACAGGAGCAUCAACCUCCUCUCAUUAAUGUUACUGAAGACUCUAUAUUUCCACGUUACUCUCGUGUUUGGAACAACUCCAAGGGAACAUAUGAUCUGCUGGUGAAGAGCAUCACUGAAUCAGAGCUGGGCCUGUACUACUGUACUCUACAUGAGAUCAAGUUUUCUCGAAAUAAAAAUGGAGAAAUACUAAAAGAGGAUGUUUAUCAUGAUGGAAACAGAACCACUUUCCUCUCUUUCCAGGUUAUUUCAGACACGACGGUUCCUUGUGCCAAUCUCACCCAAACCACCUCCACUCCUCCUGUAUCAGACUGUAGUGUCUGCUGGAAGCUGCUGGUCAGUGUGUGUCCUGCGUGUGUUCUCCUCUCCUCAGUUGUCUCCUCCACCUGUGUGUACUGCAUCUGCCGCAACAGAACUAAAGCUGAUCGUAGAGCAGACCAACGAGGGAAUAUGAAAAUGAGAAAACAUAAUCAGGUUGGAGGUGAUGAUGUUUGCUAUGCUUCACUGGACGUCCCGAGUGGUGGAAAGAAACAGCUGAAGAAGAGGACAGCUGAAAGAUCUGAUUUGUGCACAUAUUCUGAGGUUAAAGCUGAGAAAAUGUAGAACUUCUGAGGAGUACGCUGGACGAUCAAGAGGUCAAAGAAUGAAGGUACCUCAGUCAGCAGUGUUGGAGCUGAUUCAGUUUCAGUGAGAUCAGGGAGUCAGAUUGUUUUGAAUUUCUCUAAGGUUAAUUCUUGAAGAUCUGCCUGAACUGACUUUGAUUUAUUUGAUGACAUCUCAACUUAGUUGCACUGCAUUAAGUAACUUUACUGUUUCAAAUAAUUAUCAAUAUAUGUAUCAUAAUGGUAUCAGGGAAAACCCUUAUUGGCUCCCUCAGUGAUCUCAUCCUGUGUUGUGUUUUUGGUGUGUUCCUUUGUCUUUUCUCUUAAUUACCGGCUUUUUUAAUGUUCUUGCUUUUUAGAAAAUGACUAUUGUAAAUAUUGAGCGAUAGCCAUGUCUUUCCAGGGUAUUAUAAAUGUAUUUUAGACAAAGACAAACAGCUUAUUAUUUACUUUUUGACUUCACAUGCUGAUUAUGACUUUAAGAGAGAACGUUCUCCCAUUCUACUGAAAUUCAAUAAAGUU